UAGAGUGUAUUGGGCGGUACAAUCGUCUGCAACUCCAACCAUGACGUGCGGGAAUAGUUAUCGGGCUGACGGGCCCGGUCCAUCCAGCAUCCUUCCGUGAUAAAGCGGCCAGCUCAGCCAGCCAGUAUCUUCUGUUUACCAAGCCGCGUGCUAGAUAAACCAGACCAGCGAUUUUGGUCAUUUAUUUGAUAUAAGUCUCAUCGCUGCCUGUGGGCGCGUUCAUUAAGUCGAGAAUAAUCGCACCAGAGUAAGGUUUUUGGGGUGCGUUGUGCUUCAAUACCGACGCGCUGUAGACUGGGUGAACCGGGGAAAAAUGCGCCAGCUGCUACUGCUGGCUGCACUAGUUGGCGGUGUGCUGUGUAUGACCGUCGAUUACAACAAGUACUACUAUUCGCGGCAGCCCGACCUGUUUCGUCUGCUGCGCAAGUAUCACCUGUGGCCGAGGAACGAGACGCUGAAGUUUGAGCGCCCCAAGCAGGAUUUAAACGUACCCAGUCCGUUCAUUUUCGGCGGCGAGAGUGUGGCCAUCGAAUCGUACCCCUAUCAGCUGUCGCUGCGCCUGGAGGGAACGCACAUCUGCGGUGCCUCGGUCAUAGCGGAACGAUGGGCACUGAGUGCGGCCCACUGUCUGGAUGAGGCGUUGUACCCGUCCGCUAUAACGUUUCGCGGUGGGACGCCGCAUCGGCUGGCGGGUGGUUACAUUUUCCAUGCCGAGUACUACCUGCUGCAUCCAAAGUUUGACCGACGCACGCUGGACUACGAUGUGUCCGUGACCCAUGUGCGGGAAAGUUUCUUCAUCGAUCCGAUACGGGCGGUAACGCUGGCCAACACCAACACGUACUAUCCGAUACCGUCGGCCGCGGUCGUGACGGGCUGGGGCUUGGCGGAUGCCGAUGGGUACGAGCCGCUGAUACUGCAAUCGCUGGAAAUCUACCUCCAGCAGAAGCAGUUCUGUUGGACCUCGACCAUCGAAGCUCUUACCGAUCGACAAAUCUGUGGCGGCAGUGGCGUUUACGGGAAGGAAACGUGCUACGGCGACAGUGGCGGACCGCUGGUAAUGAACGGCUACCAGGUCGGGAUAGUGUCGUGGGGCUCGGACAACUGUGCCGUAAACAUUCCGGGCAUCUACACUUCCCUUACGAACGAUGAGGUGCGUGCGUUUAUUAAGCUGAAUGCGAACAAUGUGGUUCGAAAUCAGUUGGAUCUGACCGAGAUCUUCAGCAAGCUGCAGAAUGGGCGUAUCGUCGGCGGCUCGACGGCCACGAUCGCCCGAUAUCCGUUCGUCGCGUCACUGCGACGAUUUUCGAACCACAUCUGCACCGCGUCGAUCAUUUCGACACUCCACGCUGCCACCGGGGCCCACUGUACCUACUCGUUCAAAUCCUUAUCCGGGGUGACCAUCUACGCGGGCAGCACGAGCCGCACGACCGGUGGCCGAGUGUUCGUUGUGACGGACAAUUUCAUCCACCCGAAGUAUGAUCCGGACACGUUCGAUUUCGAUGUGGCCGUGCUGCGCGUCAAGACACCGUUCACGCCGAACAUGAACAUUGCCUCCGUGCCGUUGGUGCCGGCCAACUACGCCGUGCCCGAUAAGGUGCAGCCCACCGUUGCGGGCUGGGGUCGCACAUCGACGGGCGGAACUCUCUCGCCGACGCUGCGUGCCGUAGCGAUCCCCGUCAUGGGUAACAUCCCGUGCCAGGAGCUGUGGAUUGAUACGGAUAUCACGGAUAAUAUGCUGUGCGCUGGUGCCAAGGGCAGAGACGCUUGCACGGGUGACAGUGGUGGGCCGCUGGUGGUGCCGACCACCAACUACUUCCAGCUGGUCGGCAUCGUGUCCUGGGGAUCGGCUGCGUGCGGUAGCGAAUAUCCGGGAGUGUACACCCGCAUGGCUUCACCCUCCAUUCAGAGCUUUUUAGCGCAGUACCGUGUGGCGAAUCUUUCGCCCCUGGCACAAGUUUGCACAGUUGGUUCAGUGGUUGAAGUUUUGGGAAUCUCGCGCAUACUUGUUGCUUUAUUUUUCGUGCCAUCCUCAGCCACACGAACACGCACCACCCAGUCCACCCAGUCCUUGGGUGACAGCCCUUGCCAGCACACAAGCAUGGGACUUUUUGCAUUGGUUUUGCUCUGGUGCGUUAGUGACACACUCGCCGCCAGCAAGGAGGUAGAAGCAUGGCGCGCGAUGCAGGUGCGCCGACCCACCCCGAUCGAGCUGCGCGUGACGGGCCGCAUCUUCGGCGGCAUGGAGACGAACAUCAAGGACGCUCCCCAUCAGCUAUCGCUGCGGCGCUUUGACUCGCACAUCUGCGGCGCAUCCGUGGUGGAUGCAUCGCUGGCCAUCACGGCAGCGCACUGUUUGACGCCCAAACCACCGCCCGAGUUUAUCACCCUCAUGGGAGGCUCUACGAAUCGGACGGAUUACGACGUGGGCGUGAUAUUUAAUGCGAUCGAAUUAAUCAUCCAUCCCGGAUACAAUUCCAACACAUUCCACAACGAUGUCGCCCUGGUCCGCAUCGAGGGCACGUUCGGGGGGUACGAAAAUGUGGCCCCGAUUCCGCUGCGCACUCGCACGAUAUUCACCUCCAGCUCCAAUCCCGUCUACUGCACGGUUUCGGGCUGGGGUCUUACCAACAUGAACGGCGACGGCCUUCCCGAGAUACUGCGCAUCGUGCGCAUUCCGCUGGUGCCGUACACCGAGUGCCGGCGGAAGUGGAAUCCAUUUCCGAUUACGAGCUCCAUGAUCUGUGCCGGAGAGCUGCGGAAGGACGCGUGCAACGGUGACAGUGGCGGCCCGCUGGUGUGUAAUGGGCAGCUGUACGGCAUCGUGUCGUGGGGCUCUAACCAGUGCGGCAGCUCCUACCCGGGGAUAUACACCAGCAUUCCGGCUGUGUUGAGCUUCCUGAGCGAAUACAUGUCCCCGAUGCAGUUCGACGCGACUCAAUGAGGGAGUGGAGCUUAAAAAAGGGGAGUAAGCGAAUGUCGCGGUGUAGAGAUGUGCGGAACAAAAAUAAACGAUUAACUCCUA